CUAUGUUUGACCUGAAGUCCUCCCGAGCUGCAGAAGCCUGAAGACCAAGGAGUGGAAAGUUCUCCGGCAGCCCUGAGAUCUCAAGAGUGACAUUUGUGAGACCAGCUAAUUUGAUUAAAAUUCUCUUGGAAUCAGCUUUGCUAGUAUUAUACCUGUGCCAGAUUUCAUCAUGGGAAACAGCUAUUACAACAUGGUAGCCACUCUGUUGCUGGUCCUCAACUUUGAGAGGACAAGAUCAUUGCAGGAUCCGUGUAGUAACUGCCCAGCUGGUACAUUCUGUGAUAAUAACAGGAAUCAGAUUUGCAGUCCCUGUCCUCCAAAUAGUUUCUCCAGCGCAGGUGGACAAAGGACCUAUGACAUAUGCAGGCAGUGUAAAGGUGUUUUCAGGACCAGGAAGGAGUGUUCCUCCACCAGCAAUGCAGAGUGUGACUGCAUUCCAGGAUUUCACUGCCUGGGGGCAGGAUGCAGCAUGUGUGAACAGGAUUGUAAACAAGGUCAAGAAUUGACAAAAAAAGGUUGUAAAGACUGUUGCUUUGGGACAUUUAAUGAUCAGAAACGUGGCGUCUGUCGACCCUGGACAAACUGUUCUUUGGAUGGAAAGUCUGUGCUUGUGAAUGGGACGAAGGAGAGGGACGUGGUCUGUGGACCAUCUCCAGCCGACCUCUCUCCAGGAGCAUCCUCUGCGACCCCGCCUGCCCCUGCGAGAGAGCCAGGACACUCUCCGCAGAUCAUCUCCUUCUUUCUUGCACUGACGUUGACUGCGUUGCUCUUCCUGCUGUUCUUCCUCAUGCUCCGUUUCUCUGUUGUUAAACGGGGCAGAAAGAAACUCCUGUAUAUAUUCAAACAACCAUUUAUGAGACCAGUACAAACUACUCAAGAGGAAGAUGGCUGUAGCUGCCGAUUUCCAGAAGAAGAAGAAGGAUGUGAACUGUGAAAUGGAAGUCAAUAGGGCUGUUGGGACUUUCUUGAAAAGAAGCAAGGAAAUAUGAGUCAUCCGCUAUCACAGCUUUCAAAAUCAAGAACACCAUCCUACAUAAUACCCAGGAUUCCCCCAACACAUGUUCUUUUCUAAAUGCCAAUGAGUUGGCCUUUAAAAAUGCACCACUUUUUUUUUUUUUUUUUUUUUUACAGGGUCUCACUCUGUCACCCAGGCUGGAGUGCAGUGGCACCAUCACGGGUCUCUGCAGCCUUGAACUCUGGGAGCUCAAGUGAUCCUCCCGCCUCAGUCUCCUGAGUAGCUGGAACUACAAGGAAGAGCCACCACAGCUGACUAACUUUUUUGUUUUUUGUUUUUUGUUUGGUAGAGAUGGCAUUUCACCAUGUUGUACAGGCUGGUCUCAAACUCCUAGGCUCACUUUGGCCUCCCAAAGUGCUGGGAUUACAGACAUGAGCUGCCAGGCCCGGCCAAAAUAAUGCACCACUUUUAACAGAACAGACAGAUGAGGACAGAGCCGGUGAUAAAAAAAAGCAUUUUCUAGAUACCACUUAACAGGCUUGAGCUAGUUUUUUUGAAAUCCAAAGAAAAUUAUAGUUUAAAUUCAAUUACGUAGUCCAGUGGUCCAACUACAAUUAUAAUCAAAAUCAAUGCAGGUUUGUUUUUUGGUGCUAAUAUGACAUAUGACAAUAAGCCACGAGGUGCAGUAAGUACCCGACUAAAGUUUCCGUGGGUUCUGUCAUGUAACACGACAUGCUCCACCGUCAGGGGGAGUAUGAGCAGAGUGCCUGAGUUUAGGGUCAAGGGCAAAAAACCUCAGGCCUGGAGGAAGUUUUGGAAAGAGUUCAAGUGUCUGUAUAUCCUAUGGUCUUCUCCAUCCUCACACCUUCUGCCUUUGUCCUGCUCCCUUUUAAGCCAGGUUACAUUCUAAAAAUUCUUAACUUUUAACAUAAUAUUUUAUACAAAAGCCAAUAAAUGAACUGCAUAUGAUAAGUAUGAAGUACAGUGAGAAAAUAAACACCUGUGAGCUCAUUGUCCUACCACAGUACUAGAGUGGGGGCCGCCAAACUCCCAUGGCCAAACCUGGUGCACCAUUUACCUUUGUUUGUUUGUUUGUUUGCUUGAGACAGUCUUGCUAUGUUGCCCAGGCUGGAAUGGAGUGGCUAUUCACAGGCACAAUCAUAGCACACUUUAGCCUUAAACUCCUGGGCUCAAGUGAUCCACUCACCUCAGUCUCCCAAGUAGCUGGGAUUACAGGUGCAAACCUGGCAUGCCUGCCAUUGUUUGGCUUAUGAUCUAAGGAUAGCUUUUUAAAUUUUAUUUAUUUUAUUUUUUUUGAGACAGGGUCUCACUUUGUCGCCCAGGCUGGAGGGCAGUGGUGCGAUCUUGGCUCACUGCAAACUCUGCCUCCCGGUUCAAGCAAUUCUCAUGCUUCAGCUUCCAGAGUGGCUGGGAUUACAGGUGCGCACCACUGCACCUGACUAAUUUUUAUAUUUUUAGUAGAGACGGGGUUUCACCAUGUUGGUCAGGCUGAUCUCGAACUCCUGGCCUCAAGUGAUCCACCCACCUCGGCCUCCCCCAGUGCUGGGAUUACAGGCAUGACCCACUGGGCCCAGCCAGCUUUUACAUUUUUAAAUAAUUUAAAAGUAAUCAAAAGAAGAAUAACAGCUUAUGGCACAUAAGAUUAUAUAAAACUGAAAUUUCAGAGUCAACAGGUAAAGUUCUACUGGAACACAGCCACACACAUUUAUUUAUGUACUAAGACUGGCUUUGCACUACAAGAGCAGUGUUGAGUAGGUGUGACAGAGACUCCAUAGACCACAAAUCCUAGAAUAUUUAAUGUCUGAACACUUACAGGGUCAAAGUCAAGGUCAGAGCUGCCAUCCACGUGCUGCUUUCUCCCCUCACGUGCUGUUUUCUGCCUAUCCCCAGGCAGCCUCUCUUAGGAAUUUUGAGUCUAUCUUUCCCUUGCUUAAAAAAAUCAUUUAUCAUAUAAUUAUGUAUCCUAAAACUACGUUAUUUAGUUUUGCUUGUUUUUGAGCUUUAUGAAAAUUGUAUUGGGCUGUAUGGAGACUUCUGUGACUUGCCUGAAUCACUCAAAAUUAUAUUUAUAAGACUUACUGUGGCCAGGCAUGGUGGCUUAUGCCUGUAAUCCCAGCACUUUGGGAGGGCGAGCCAGGUGGAUCACCUGAGGUCAGGAGUUCGAGACAAGACUGGCCAACAUGGUGAAAUCCUGUCUCUACAAAAAAUACAAAAAUUAGCCAGGCGUUGUGGCGGGUGCCUGUAAUCCCAGCUACUUGGGAGGAUGAAGCAGGAGAAUGGCUUGAACCAGGGAGGCAAAGGUUGC